AUGCAUGUUGACUCUUGGCAUUUGCAGAAGAUCUCGAAAGAUACAUCGCGAAGCAAGAAAGAACAAAAGAAAGAAAAAUCUUCCCCAAUCUCUUCCUCUCUUGUCAUGGUGGCAUUGCAGCUCUCUCUUCCUGCUGCUUCUGUGAACCUGAAAGUGAAGCUCCCCAGUCUUGGAAUGGUCCAAAAUCAUCACAAACCUGCACAAAAGCUUCCAACUACUGUCCUUCCAGGCCUCUCCAUCACCAAUCCGCAGCAACCUGAACACCCCAGUAUGUUAAUGCCUCCAGCAAAUCAGGGUGUCGCAGCAAUAGUUUUUGGGGACGGAUCAGAUUCACAGCUCUACCCGCUGACAAAGAGAAGAUCAAAAGGAGCUCUUCCUGUGGGAGCAAAUUAUAGACUCAUUGAUGCAGUUGUGAGCAACUGCAUUAACAGUAACAUAAGCAAGAUAUAUGCCAUCACGCAGUUCAACUCCACCUCCCUUAAUUCCCAUCUUACAAGAGCCUAUUCAGGAGCAGGUCUCGGGAAAGAGGGCUUUGUUGAAGUAAUUGCAGCGUAUCAGAGUCCCGAAGACGAAGGCUGGUUUCAAGGAACUGCCGAUGCCAUCAGAAGAUGUUUAUGGUUGCUAGAAGAGUAUCCAGUUGUUGAGUUUCUGGUCCUACCUGGUCACCACCUUUACAGGAUGGACUACCAGAAGAUUAUAGAAGCCCACAGAAACAAGAAUGCCGAUGUUACUUGUGCAGUCUUAACUAGCAUGGGGAAUCAAGAUUUGGAGUUUGGUAUUUUUGAUGUAGACUUUGAGAAUAAAGUUACUGAGUUUAGAGAGAAACCAGACAAGAUGCAAUUGAAGCCUAUAUCGGUAGAAAGCUCAGGGAAAUAUGACAAUUCUGCUCAUAGCUAUUUCCCUGGAAUGGGGAUUUAUGUCAUUACCAGAGAUGCUAUGAUAAAACUUCUACAAGAAUAUUUUCCCCAAGCAAAUGACCUAAGAAGUGAAGUAAUACCCGGUGCAAUAUCCUUAGGAAUGAAGGUUCAUGCUUAUCGCUUCGAUGGCUACUGGGACAACAUACAAAGCAUCAAAGCGUUUUACCAAGCAAAUAUGGAGAGCACAAGGAAGACAAACAUGGGAUAUAACUUCUAUGAGAAAGAUUCUCCUUUGUACACUUUGCCUCGAUGUCUGCCUCCAAGUCUAAUAACCGGUGCGGUCAUUACAGAUAGUGUCGUUGGAGAUGGUUGCAUUCUUAAGAGAUGCAACAUCAAAGGCACCGUAGUUGGUCUAAGGACAAGGGUUGGAGAUGGUGCUGUAAUUGAGGAUUCAAUACUCAUGGGUUCUGAUAUCUAUCAGAUGCAAGAGCUGCAGACUAGUGGAAUCGAAGGAAAGGGCUUUGGCAUUCCGAUUGGAAUAGGAGAAGGGUCGCUUAUAAGGAGAGCCAUAGUGGACAAGAAUGCAAGGAUUGGCAAAAAUGUUAUGAUCAUAAAUAAAGACAAUGUCGAAGAAGCAAAUAUGGAAUCUUAUGGCUACACCAUCAAAGCAGGGAUAGCUGUAAUCCUAAGGAGCGCAGUGAUACCAGAUGGAAGCAUCAUAUAGCAAGCAAUUGUCGUCUCAUAACUGAUGAUUGCUCUCUCUCUAUCCCUCUCAAUAUAUUGAUUUCAUUCUUUGGCAAAUUGCUGGCAACGAUGAGGACGCAGCUUAGAGGACCCAAAUCAACUGUAUACUUGAAUUCUGUGUCUUUUCUUCUUCAAAUAAGUUUCAAGUUAUAUAUGAUAUAUAUAUAUAGAGAGAGAGAGAGAGAGAGCAAUGUACGUAUAAGGUGAUCCAUCCGCUGAGUGAUUCAGCAGUGCCCAGAAUGAAUGAGGUUGUCAUCUCAUGCAUGCUCUGAAUAAUUUUAGACAACUUCAAGCCAUAUCUAUGUACUGUUGGUAUUUUUUGAUGAGAGAAGAAAAUGAAAGAAAAAAAAUAUCAAAGCGA